AUGUAUUACCUGUGUAAGUCCGAGGAUAGUUCAUGGUCUGAGGAUAGUUCAUGGUCUGAGGAUAGUUCAUGGUCCGAGGAUAGUUCAUGGUCUGAGGAUAGUUCAUGGUCUGAGGAUAGUUCAUGGUCUGAGGAUAGUACAUGGUCUGAGGAUAGUACAUGGUCUGAGGAUAGUACAUGGUCUGAGGAUAGUUCAUGGUCCGAGGAUAGUUCAUGGUCUGAGGAUAGUUCAUGGUCCGAGGAUAGUUCAUGGUCUGAGGAUAGUUCAUGGUCUGAGGAUAGUUCAUGGUCUGAGGAUAGUACAUGGUCUGAGGAUAGUACAUGGUCUGAGGAUAGUACAUGGUCUGAGGAUAGUUCAUGGUCCGAGGAUAGUUCAUGGUCUGAGGAUAGUACAUGGUCUGAGGAUAGUACAUGGUCUGAGGAUAGUUCAUGGUCCGAGGAUAGUUCAUGGUCUGAGGAUAGUUCAUGGUCUGAGGAUAGUACAUGGUCUGAGGAUAGUACAUGGUCUGAGGAUAGUUCAUGGUCUGAGGAUAGUACAUGGUCCGAGGAUAGUUCAUGGUCUGAGGAUAGUUCAUUGUCCGAGGACAAGUUCAGCGAACAGCAAAAUCACCGCUUAGAAACGAAACGCGGCGACGAUUUGCAAUUUGUAGAGUUUGUGCCGCAGUUUAAAAUAUACUGGAUGUAUGAACGAAUCGACAUGGACGACGUAGCCGAGGACUCAAUGGACUGCGGUGAAAUGGGAAGAAUCAUUCUCGAUUCACCUUCAGAUACCCAAGAAAAAGAAAAUGGCGUCGUCGUUGGUGACGAUGAUAUGGAAAGAACAACCGACAACGCCAAGGAUAAAUACAACAUGAUAUACGUCGCCAUGGUAUUAGCCGGGAUUGGAUUUCUACUGCCUUACAACAGUUUUAUCACUGCCGUUGACUAUUUUCACACUAAGUACCCGAAUACGACGAUUGUUUUCGAUAUGAGUUUAACAUAUAUAUUAGUGGCGUUUAUAGCGGUUCUACUUAAUAACAUACUGGUGGAGACAUUCACUCUACAUACACGUAUUUCAUUUGGAUAUAUUGUCUCGUUUCUGUCACUGACGUUUGUUGCUAUAUUUGAAGUCUGGCUUGACGUCUUCACGCAAGAUGUAAGCUAUAUAAUUAUAUUGGCGGCCGUUGCUGCAGUCGCUCUCGGGUGUACUGCUCAACAGUCUAGUUUCUAUGGAUACGCUGGCAUGCUCCCAAAACGUUUCACGCAAGGAGUGAUGACUGGUGAAAGUGCCGCUGGUCUCCUGACGUCCAUAAAUCGAAUAAUAACUAAACUGCUGCUAAAAGACAAAACAAUCAACACUCUUAUUUUCUUUGGCAUUUCGAUAUUUUUUGUGAUUGUUUGCUUUUGGGUUCAUUGGGUUGCAAAGAGAUCGAAUUUCAUCACAUAUCAUAUGAAACGAAUUCGGGACGCUGCCUUGCCAGAUGACGCCAAGUGUGUGACAGAUGACAACGACGAUGUAAGAAUACACGCUCUAGUAAGUUCGUCAUCUUCGUCACAGGUACCACGUGACCGCACAACAAAGUUAUACGAUGAGAGCACCGAACCACUCACUCCCAGUCCAUCAUGUGACAGUGACGUCAUGACUGUGGACAUUCAGCUCUCAGCGAAUGCUCUAAAGAAGUACGUUGGAAUGGGUACAGUAAUCAAACGUGGCAUUGCAUUGCGGCUAGAUGCAUCUCGUACCAUUUGGCCGUAUAUGUUGUCAAUUGGAAUGGCCUACUUUGUUACAUUGUGUCUAUUUCCGGGCGUGGAAUCGGAAGUUAUUAGCUGUAACCUUGGAGACUGGAUGCCUAUCAUAUUAAUGGCCCUAUUCAAUGGUUGUGACUUCAUAGGCAAGAUCGUGGCAGCAAUACCGUACAACUGGAAUCCGAACAGACUGGUCCUCGCGUCAUCCCUACGUAUUGUGAUUGUCCCUCUUAUGAUGAUCUGUGUUGCACCACGCAAUUCACCAUUAUUGUCACACGAGUCGUGGUCCAUGAUAUUCUCUAUCUUAUUAGGACUUACCAAUGGCUAUUUUGGUAGUGUACCUAUGAUAUUAGCUUCGGCCACUGUACCAGAAGAACAAAAAGAGCUCUCAGGCAAUAUAAUGACGUUGUCGUAUAAUAUAGGAUUGACUGCUGGGUCUGGCGUGGCGUAUGCGCUUAAUUAUCUUCUCGGACCUGCGUCUACAGCGAUCACACAGUGUCAUCAAUUCAUUAAUGUCGCAACUGAAUCACCCUAAUAACACGAUGGACACUUGUUGCAUGUAAACCGAUGUACAUAUGUAUUAAGUAACAAUGUAUGUAGCCUAUAAUGUCCUUUCGCCAGAUGUACUCAAACUGUGCG